AAUAAUUUUAUCAAUAAAUUAAUUAAAAAUCAAGUGAUAUUUUUCAUUGUGUUCGUGUGUAGUGUGCGAUGGCAAUGUACAGAAUGUGCAAGAUGGGCACAUACGGCAUUACUAGGCGGACCUGAUUAUCGUUUAUUAUGGUCUUUAGGACCCGGUCCACAUGAAAUUACUUUCGAAGUGCAAGUUAAAACACAUGGGUAUGUGGGUUUCGGGUUAUCACGUGAUGGUAAUAUGCCUGGUUCAGAUUUUGUUGUUGGUUGGGUGGAAAAUGGACAAGUAUAUUUUCAGGAUCGACAUGUGAAACAUCAUCAGAGAGCGUACACGGCGCCGAGCGCAUCAGUGAACCUUGGUGAUGCUGAUACGAUACCAAGUACAUUAGAAGUAGAUUCUAGUCAAGAUUAUGAUCUUUUAUUAGGGUAUGAAAAUGUAACGCACACAGUGUUACGAUUUAGGCGAAGACUGAAUACAUGUGAUCCCAGAGAUAUUCCUAUCACGAAUGAUACAAUGAGUGCAUUAUGGAUAAUGCAUCCAGAAAAACCCACAAGUGGUAGUUACGCUGGUAAAUUAACGGCACCAAAAAAUGAUGGUGUAAUGCGCGGUAGUCAAAGUGUUUAUUUUUUACAACGAGUAAAUCAAGAAGCUCCACGUGUUGAUGAAGCACCACGUGUUUGGGAACUACGGAAUCAUGAGGCGAAAAUACCACCGCCAGGUGAUUCAAUAUAUUGGUGUCGUGUGUUUCAAAUGCCAAGUAUACCAACGAAACAUCAUUUAAUUCGAUAUGAACCAUUACUUGAAGACACGGGAAAAAUCCAUUUACAACAUGCCAUUUUGUACGAGUGUCAAGAAAGUGUUGAAGUAGUGUAUUAUGCCAAUCGUUCGGGACAAUUAUGUCGUGAAUUGGGUACACCACCAUUAUCGUGUAAUGUGAUUGUAGCCUCUUGGACUCGAGGUUCAGAAGGUUUUACAUUCCCACCUGAAGCUGGUUAUCCGUUUGAAUCAAAUUCACCAAAAUAUUAUGUUUUGGAAACGCAUUAUUCAACACCAAAUGAUUUUGAUUUCCAAAAUGAUGAGCUAACAGAUUCAUCAGGAAUACGAUUGUAUUAUACACCAGAGUUACGGCGUCACGAUGCUGGACUACUCUCAAUUGGAAUUGAUCCAAAUUGGCGACAUAUUAUUCCACCUGGACAACCAAAGGUUAUAUCAUCCGGUCAUUGUAUAUCGGAUUGCACGCGACAAGCAUUCCCUGAUAAUGGAAUAAAUAUAUUUGCGGUAGUGACACGAACACAUAAAAUUGGUAAACAAAUUCGGUUACGACAAAUUCGUGAAAAUUCUGAGUUGCCGUUAGUGUUUGAAGAUGAUAAUUUAAAUUCGGAAUAUCAAGAAUACCGUCGUUUAAAUACUCCGGUCCGUGUAUUACCUGGUGAUCAUUUAAUUGCUGAAUGUAGUUAUAAUAGUUCACAACGUUCUGCCAUCACCUUAGGCGGUCUAACUGAUCGUGAGGAAACAUGUAUUGUAACAUCGUUGUAUUAUCCUCUACAAAAGAAAUUAACUACAUGUCAUAGUUUACCAAGUUUACCGACGGUGUUGAAUUCAUUAGGGAUUCAAGAAUUACAAACAGGAUCAAAUCCAUUACGAAUAAGUGCACCACCAGAAUUAGCAGGCAUGACGUUAGAGACACGUCUACUCACAUACGAUUGGCGACAUCAUUUUCCAGAGUUUCAGUUGGCAACACAGCGGGGUUCUUUUCGACCGCGCUGUUGGAAUGCUAACUAUAAUUUCCUACCGGGUACAGAAAACAUGGAAGCGCAUUUUCCAAACAUCACAAAUAUUUUUGAACGUGAUCGAACUAGCGCAGCAGCACGUACCACAUGUCCGCCAAUUGCGGAUAACGAACGAUCAACAUCUGAAGUACGUGAAAGACCACCAACGUUAAUCGACAAUAAUCAAAUAGAAAUAACCAAUCGUAAUAAUAAAGUAUCAAGAAGUCCUGGUGAGCAUACACUUAGUUUAAGUCAUGCAACAAGGCAUAAUUUAAGUCAUACAUUUUUAAUAUUAACAACAUUAGUGACAACGCUAUUUUGGGGAUUUUUAUAAAUUAAAAAAAUUGGUUAAAGAAAUUUUUAAAACACUGUGAUUGAACUUUCGAGAAAAAAGUGGU